AUGGCCGCCAGAAAGAAAAGCAUACCGACUCGUGGAAGCUCCGACAGGGGUAGAGGAAGAGGAAGCAAUGGCCCUAACAAUGGAGGCGGAGGAGGGCCUAAGCUGGUAAUGUUCAAGAACAAGAUAACUUACGCCCAAACCCUCGAACUCACAAGGAAUUUUCACAAGGAGAAUGUCCUAAGCAGGGGAUUGAUUUCAGCUAUGAACGGCUCCAUUCCUCGGCUCCUAGUGCUCUCCUUGUCGCGGAACGAGCUCUCCGGUCAAUCCCAUCGUCUAUUUUCUGCAAUGUUGGAUAGGCACCGACAAUUUUUCAGCGGAAGGGCUUCAUUUUGUGGAUUUAGGGUUUAA